AACGUUUAUAAGCAAUGGAUUUGAAUGAUAUUUUUGAAGUAGCUGCUCGAGAAAAAUGUCGAUAAAAUGCACGCUAAAUUAAACAACUUUAGGCGUCACUUGGAUGUUUUGUACACAGAUCUUCAUCAUCGUUGGGUGAACAUGGCUAAAGCGGAUCGUGAACUUAUCGGUCUGCACGAUGACAUGCUAAGCAGCAUGAAUAGUUUCAAUAAAUGUGUAAUCAAGUGUAACAUGCACAUUGAUCUAAACAGUCUCGAAACUUUGGUCGCCGACAUCGCCGAACCUCUGCAGCGCAAUGACUUCGUCACAAACACUAAUAAAGAUGGGAUUGUAGUUAAAAAUAUCUUGAAUGAACGUCCACACCGACUACCGAUAAUCCAACAAAUGGCGGACUCCAAGCAUAUAAUUCCAAUUGAUCAGUCGGCAGCGGUAGUGCGAGAUGUGGAGUCAACACAGUGUCCAGCCAGGCCGGUUUCGGAUAGUCUUUCGCUAUCAACGCGUUCGAGUUGGUUGAAUAAACCGGAUGCAAAAGUCCGAAAGCAAAAAGCAAAGCCCAUUACGUCCCCACAGCCCACUUCAGCACAGCCACAGGACACGGCCACUGUUUCCGCUAAAACAAAAACCAUGCUGCCUGUUUCACCACGUAAACGUAUCCUCGAGCCACCGAAAUGCGGAAGAACAACAUCCAGCAGUAAAAUCUAUCAUCAGAUCGUAAAGAACAUAGCCGCCUUUCCAGAGGGAAGUUUGAUAAAGGCUGAAAUGAUGCAUCUAAACAUAGCCGAAAAGUGUUUCUUUGUAGGCAUGUGGGGUGCGGAGCCGCUGCAAAAGUUAUUCGAGGGGAAAUUACUUCUUAAGGAGUUGUACCAGCUUCCCAACUUUGGAUUUGUUGAGUAGAGACUGUCGCUUGUUUGUACGGUGAGGCUUGUAGCUGCUGUGAGGAGGCCUAGGGUUUUUGGGGUCCGCCGAAAAUUAUGCCCCGUCAAACGAGAGGCAAGACAAACUCUCUUUAACAGUCGGCAAAGAGGGCCUGGGAUCAAAGAGUGGGUCAGAGCCAGGUCAGACUUCCUCGUCGAAAGGAGAGCGAGUUCGAAGUCGAAGUCGGACAAGAUAAACGGCUAUAAAUAGAUGGCAUUGGACGCCAUUGCGGGAUUCCAAGCCUGGUCGACAGCAUUGGAUUUUGUUCUCCAAGUGUCCUCUAUAGUGUCAGCCGUAGUUGAAUAUUCAAAGAAAGAAAAAAGAGAAAAACCAUAUAAAUACAAUAACUAGUGAAAAGUAGCCAGGAAGUGAGACGGUGAUUAGUGAAACCUCUUCGAUACACCCUUUCGACGGGUCACCCGUUUGGGUAAGUUGUGGAAUAAAAAAAAAGACAGCCUAGCGAAAGAGUAUAAAGGUGUUCUGUGGGUGCAAAUUUCCAUAGGUCUUAAAUUGGAGGAGGCUCGUCUUCCACGACCGCCAGCUGAAAUUCGUAGAAAUUCGCCGGAGCUUUGGGUCGUCGCCUUGGAGCAGUUCGGCGAGCCAGAGAGGAGAGGCCAACUAGUGCCCGGCAGACGGCAGCCGCGUCGGCUUGUUCAUCGCUCCGCGUAUGCGUCCAUACCCCGUGCGCAUGGGAGGAGGCAAAGAAAAAAAAGUGUUCUUCAGUGGCGACAAAUAGUGGCAGAUCGAGUUAGAAAAUUUCUCAUAGAAGGCCAGCCCCGCCCAAAAUAACAAUAACAAAAAAAAAAGAAUCAAAUAUAAGAAACAAAUAACGGAUCGUA